GCUCCAGCUUAAGCACUAAAGAGCACGGCUGCCACCAUUUUCUUAUGACAUUUUGCUCCUAACCAUGCUCUUUUUAGACGAAUAUUAAGGUGCAUUUGAAGAUGAGGAUAUCAUUCACGUGGAGGGGACGGUGGACCCGGUGAGGGACAUGGAGAUCAUUCACGAAGAGUUAAGGCUAAAGGACGAGGAGCUGAUCGGUCCCAUUAUCGACAAACUGGAGAAGACAGCCAUCAGAGGAGGCGACAAGAAGCUCAAACCAGAAUACGACAUUAUGUGCAAAAUCAAGAGCUGGGUAGUGGAUGAAAAGAAACAUGUCCGCUACAAUCACGACUGGAACGACAAGGAGAUCGAAGUGCUGAACAAAUACUUGUUUUUGACAUCCAAACCCAUGAUUUACCUCGUUAACCUCUCGGAGAAAGACUACAUCAGGAGGAAGAACAAAUGGUUGGUGAAGAUCAAGGAGUGGGUGGACAGUCACGACCCUGGUGCCCUGGUCAUUCCCUUCAGCGGCGGUUUGGAGAAUCGGCUCCAGGACAUGACGGAGGAGGAGAGCCAGGCCUACUGCUCGGAGCACAAGACUCAGAGUGCUCUGACUAAGAUCAUCAAGACUGGCUACGCGGCUCUACAGCUGGAAUACUUCUUCACUGCGGGCCCGGAUGAGGUGCGGGCCUGGACUAUACGGAAAGGAACCAAGGCUCCACAGGCUGCGGGGAAGAUCCACACCGACUUUGAGAAGGGCUUCAUUAUGGCCGAAGUAAUGAAAUUCCAGGAUUUUAAAGAGGAAGGCAGUGAGAACGCUGUCAAGGCAGCUGGCAAGUACAGACAACAGGGCCGCAACUACAUCGUGGAAGAUGGCGACAUCAUCUUUUUCAAAUUCAACGCACCCAACGCUCCCAAGAAGAAGUGAUAGAGACAGACCCACUCUACCUUUUUAUUCUUCCUACACAUCACACCUCUUCUGUACUCCUCUGUAUUUCUGUAUUUGUCCACCAUGACUACUUUUCGCACCCACCCUUGUACAUAUCAUAUAACAUCUGACAGGACCCCCCAUCCCUUACUCCCAGUCCCCACUCCAGUAUUUGAAGCAGCGUAUUACUCUCCAGAUACUUCAUUAAUCUCCAUCACAGUUGCCAGCGGGUGACACAGCUGACAGGGGGGGACAAAAGCACCUGCUCCUCCAGCCCGCACCGCCAGAUAAUACGUGUUUUACAGUAGCCCAGACGUUGGUACUCAAUAAAACAUUUGACAAAAA